UCUCUUUGUAAAUAUAAGGCCCUCUUUGAUAGGCAUACAAAUUUUCUUUUAAAAAAUACUUGUUUAACGAGAAGAAGAAAAAGACAAAGAAAAAGAAAAAACGUUAAAAAAAUAUGGUAGGAAUUUGGGAGACUGCGCAAAUAUCUGAGGCCAAACAGAAAAUGGGAUACUCGGGAGAAAGCGGCAAGAUGGGGCUGGAAGGCACUGGCUUGGAUCUGCCACCGAAUAAGCACGGAAACUUGAAGAGUGCUUCCAGCGAUGAAAAUCUCAAGGACAUUCUUCUACAUGUCAAGUCCUCUAAAACUCCUACAGUUAUCAACUACGGAGCCUCACAGUGCCGUGUUUGUAGCCAGAUUCUUCCAGCAUUUUGCCGGUUGAGCAACCAGUUCCCGAAGCUUUCUUUCGUGUAUGCUGAUAUUGAUGAAUGCCCAGAAACCACGCAGCAAAUUCGUUACACUCCUACAUUUCAUUUUUAUCGAGAUGGUGAAAGGGUGGAUGAGAUGUUCGGUGCCGGAGAAGAGCGGCUUCAUGAUCGCUUGUGGUUACAUUCCUGAAGAAUGAUGUUACUAGCAUCAAAUUUUGGAAAACAAUGCUUUCCUGUAAAUCUCCUUUGUCAGAAUAUGCGAACCUGCUGUUCUUGAGCGUCCUAGUUAUUGAACUUCACUUGACUGUGGUUGCUUUCUAC